AUGAUCGAGACACCCUUUCUGCGACCCGAUCCAAGCCAUGAACCCGUAGGAAGAGAACACCCAGCUUGCAAUCAUCGAUCUGCACUUGUCACAGUGCGCACAAGUGAUCGCGAUGAUGUCUUUCAAGUCAAACCCGGUGAAAGAUCGACGGAAGACUCGAUUGUCGAGCCAGAGUUGACUAAGGGUGCGACCAACGGAGAUGACAAUGAAGGCUUCUUGGGCAUUCGGAAAACGACUGAGGCGUUGGAAGAUUCUUCGCAGACACGAACACUGCAAAAUAGCCAUAGACUGGCGGUAGCAAAGGGUCAUGACCAACUUGAGCACGGCAGGAGCAGCGUUGUACAUCACGGAGACACCAUCCUCGUGGAAAUGCUGCCCGUGUCGCCUCCAAGUGCACUCCGAGAAGGCAUUGGACCUAGCCCGACCGCGGAUACGGAUUAUGGAAAGCCGCUGGAGAAACUCAAGCGUCGUUGUAGUCAAGUCGACUCGAUCUUGCAGGCCUCACAGAAAGAGAAAGUUCUCAAGCUAACACCGGAGAGGAUACAUGAACUCACAUCCUCGCCCAAGUCAUUGCCUCUCCGCGCUCUUAGUUCAAGUGUUUCCCAGUUAGGGGUAUCAACUUUGCCACCUCCAUCUUUCGAUCUACCAGCUGAUUCACAGCCGGAAAGUGGUGCUACUGCAAACGGCAAUGACUGUGAUGUGGCAGGUACCCCCAAUACCACCCAUGCCGUCACAGAAACAUCUGCGUCGAAUGUGUCUGAUAACUUUGCACCUACUCCAGAUGCUCUGCUCCCGGUUCCAAGAGCUGCUCACUUUGCGCGGGCAUCCUCUAACAGUUCGUCAAUCAAGGGGAAGCGAUCCCCCCAUUUUCGGCCAGGAACGGCGGACAGGAGGGACUCUAAACACACCCCUACUCCUCUCAGAUUUGACGGCGGAAAACCUGCUGGUCUUGUGCCGACAAAGAUGGAGGAUGUGAUACCGUCGCCUAUGCCCAAAACCAUUCCACUGCCCCCAAUGUCUCUGCCAACCUAUUUACAAUUAGAGCUUUCAUCCCACCGUCCGUCUCCUCUGUACAUUCAUAGGUCUGUGACCAGCGACUUUCCUUAUGAAUCGUCUCGUGUCAAAAUCGAGCGUCUGUUGAAUUUUCUCCUCCUGCCUCCGCAAUUAGAACAGGUCCUAUGGUUUGGCACGGUGGCCUGUCUGGACGCCUGGCUGUACACUUUCACAAUUCUUCCACUUCGACUCUUAAAAUCUUUCUAUAUUCUAGGACAAUCUUGGGCCACGAACCUUGGCGCCGAGAUCAAAUUUGUGUCAAGCUUCAUCUAUGCUGGUGCGGGGAGGAUGUGGAAGAGGCGAAGGACGAGAGGUAAUUCUGCACCAAAGGUCAAACUGGGUGUGCAGGGCUCAGCGAUGCCUGAGCAGCACGAGAAGCAGGAUUCAGCACAUUUGAACGGCUCAGUUCGUGGUAUCAAUGAAAAACGCCGCCCAAGUCUUAGUAAAAGGAAUCCUACUCACGAAAGCGGUGAAAACGGGCGGCGUCACCGGCGGAACAAGUCAGUGCCAUCAGCCCUACUGCCUGUUGACAAAGCCGAUAUUCUAAAAGGCCUACUCAUCAUUACAACCUGCCUUAUAUUGAUGCGUCUUGAUGCAAGCCGAAUGUACCAUUGGAUCAGAGGCCAGGCAGCAAUCAAGCUGUACGUGAUCUACAAUGUGCUGGAGGUUGGAGAUCGAUUGCUCUCUGCGCUUGGGCAGGAUGUGCUCGAAUGUCUCUUUUCUCGGGAGGCACUUGAACGAGCACCAGACGGGCAUAGCAAAGUGCUUCGUCCAUUCUGGCUCUUUCUUAUGGCCUUAGCAUAUACCGUGUCUCACAGCACGGCCUUGUUCUAUCAAGUCAUUACCUUAAACGUGGCGGUCAAUUCCUAUUCCAACGCGCUGAUUACGCUACUCAUGUCAAACCAAUUCGUGGAGAUCAAGUCGACCGUGUUCAAGAAGUUUGAAAAGGAGAACCUAUUUCAGUUGACCUGCGCCGACGUUGUAGAGCGCUUUCAACUCUGGCUGAUGCUACUAAUCAUAGCGUCCCGCAAUAUUGUUGAGACGGGCGGUCUGAGUGCUGGCCUGGGUGCUUUCGGCUCAUCCUCAUCGCUCUUCUUGCCAACUACGACGAACUCGAGCAAUCCUAUGAAUACACCUCCAUUGUCCGCGGCAUCCAUCCUGCCCAGAUCAUUCACACUUUUGCCCAAUAUGCUAUCCUCUCUUACCGCAUACGCUCCUGGAAUAGGACACGUGCUUGGGCCCUUCCUUGUCGUCCUCGGAUCUGAAAUGUUGGUUGAUUGGCUCAAGCACUCCUACAUCAACAAAUUCAACAACACACGUCCUGCCAUCUACGGACGCUUUCUAGACGUGCUAGCUAAGGAUUACUACUCAAACGCAUUCGCAGAGCAGAAUCUGACAAAGCGGCUGGGUCUCCCAGUGAUCCCGCUCAGCUGUCUCUUCAUCCGAGCUAGUGUACAGACAUACCACAUGUUCCUAGCAGCUUGGACGCCUCCAACUUUACCCAGCUCAGUCACUGGUCUGACCAGCGUCCACAACCACUACACCAAUUCUCCCACUUCGAUGCCGACUUCCACAGCGGCGGCAUUAUCCCAGAAGUUCGAUGAUUUACUACGGCUGAUCCCAGCUUCCAUUUCCUCGUCAAGAGCCUUCUCAAACUUCAGUACCAUCCUUAUUUCUGUCCUUGUCUUCCUCGUCCUCCUCACCGUCAAGCUCGUUCUUGGCAUGCUUCUUCUUGCCUUCGCCCGCUCGCGAUACCGGUCAAUGAAAACGCGAGAGAAGAAUCCAAUCCAUCAUGUCGAGGGCGGCAGGAGGGUUGGAGGGUGGGGAGUCGUAGAGGUCGAUGAUGACAAGAGGAGGUGGAUUUAUGAGGAUGAUGCCGAAGGAGCGAGGCAGCUGAAAGAAAGAGAAGAGCGGGAGAAGAUUAGAAGGGCAAGGGGAAGUGGAGAGGGGGCUUUCGAUAGGGUUAAAAGGUAUGAGAUGGUUGCUAAAAGGAUUUGGUAA